UUUUUGGCCUAUUGGGUAUUAUGGUAUGUUGUCAAGACGAAUGAGUUGAUUACAGCCAUAAUGGUCCCAGGUAACCUUUUUUUUUUUGGUUUUUUUUUGUGUUUGUCCUAUGGCUAAUUGCUGAGAUGCCUUGAAGUUGAACGUUAGCUGAAAUUUAGAAGCAGUGGUUUUGUCUUUUCGAAAUUUCCUACCCUGUUUCUGUUUCCUGACAGCGAGAGAGAGAGAGCAAUGGAGGCCAUAGUACUGUAUCCAUCACCAGGCAUGGGGCAUCUGAUAUCCAUGGUGGAGCUAGGCAAGCUAAUUCUAACCCACCACCCUGCCUUCGUCGUCAUCAUCCUCAUCGCCAACCCUCCAUUCAAAUUAGGCUCCACCGCCUCAUAUAUCGCCGCCGUCUCCGCAACUAACCCUUCCAUCUCCUUCCACCAACUCCCUCUCAUCUCUCUAGACCCCGCUUCUUACGACUGCGUCGAAUCCCUCAUGAGCGACCUCAUCAACCUCAAUAACGUCCAUGUUGACGCCGCCCUGACUAAAAUCUCCCUUACUUCAACCGUUCGCUCCCUCAUUAUCGAUCUCUUCUGCUAUCCAGCUCUUGAAAUAGCCGCCAAACUUAAAAUCCUAGCCUACUGUUUCUUCACUUCAAAUGCAAGUUGCCUCGCUCUUUACCUUCACAUACCUAGUAUUUAUCGAAACACAACAGAAAACUUCAAACAUCUCAACACUCUUUUUCACCUUCCAUGCUUGCCUCCUAUCCCUUUAAACCAUUUACCAGAGCCAACGCUUGUAAGAAACACCAUAGAAUGCGAUUUCUUAAUUAACUCCAUGGCCCAUUUGGCAAAAUCAGCUGGAACCAUCAUUAACACAUUCGAAACACUUGAGCCCAAGGCCUUCAAAGCGUUAUCUGAAGGUUUUUCAAUUCCAAAUGGUCCAAGUCAAACACCCCCAGUUUUCUGUGUUGGACCGUUGAUUGAUACAAAUAAUGGAAGUAGAGGAAAUGGUGAUGGUGAUGACGAAGGAGCGGAGUGUCUGAAGUGGCUUGACUCGCAACCGAGUCAAAGCGUUGUCUUCUUGUGUUUUGGUAGCAUGGGGUUAUUUUCCAAGGAACAAUUGAUGGAAAUAGCUCUUGGGUUAGAGAGAAGUGGUCAAAGGUUCUUGUGGGUGGUGCGUAAUCCACCUUCUAAUAACAAAAAGCAGGGUUUUACGGAAGGGCAAGACCAAGCUUUGGAUACUUUACUUCCAGAGGGUUUCCUGGAUCGCACGAGUGACAGAGGGCUCGUAGUCAAGGCAUGGGCACCACAAGUGGCGGUGCUGAGCCAUGGCUCGGUAGGCGGGUUUGUGACUCACUGCGGGUGGAACUCGGUGCUUGAAUCGAUUUGUGCGGGAGUGCCAAUGAUUGCGUGGCCACUUUAUGCGGAACAAAAGUUUAAUAAAAUUAUAUUAGUAGAGGAAAUGAAUCUGGCUUUAACUGUUAACGAGUCAGAGAACGGGUUGGUUGGCGCGGAGGAAUUAGAAAAGCGAGUCAGGGAGUUGAUGGAAACGGAGGAAGGCAAGUCGAUCAGGGAUCAUGCGAUGGCAAAGAGGGAUGAGGCAGCAGCGGCGCUGAGCGAGGAUGGGCCAUCAGUUACUGCAUUGGCCCAAUUAAUCAAGUGCUGGGCUCAAAAAUAAAUUUGGAGGUUGAGAAUGGGAAGCCUGGCAAUAAUAUUAUUAAGUGAAAACAACUUCCACAAGCAAAAAUGUUGUAAAUACUUUUAUUUAUUGAUUUGCGUUAGUUGUGAUGUGGUCGUCCAAUUGGAUUUUUUUUUUAAUAUCCUUUUUGCCAAUUUUUCGACGAAAUGGAAUGUCAUGGUUUUUGUAUCUGUGAAUUGAAUACAUCAAGGUAAUGGUAUUUUUUUUUCCCCCUUGACGGCCUUCUUAUUGCACAACCUCUGUUGAUACCUUUAUGCUCCCUUCCUACCAAUAUUUGGCGGUCUAAAGAGAGAAAUGACCAAAGCUUCUAACCCUUGGAUGUUGAAAAAAAUGAAUAUUGUGUA